AUGAAUAAUACUGAUCCAACAUCAUUUAAGAGUAUUCUUGCAGGUGUUAAAAGAUUAAGAGAUCAACAAACUGGAGCUAAAGAAAACACACUGAACAAUGCACCAAUUGAAGAAAAACAACAACAACAACAACAACAACAGUCAACCAUUGAUAAUCAUAAUAACAGUAAUACAAAAGUUAUCAAUACUUUCAACCAACAACGAACUCCUUUACCAGCAGAUCAGAAAAAUAAUAAAACUAUAUAUGAGACUAAUACCAACGAUAAUAAUAAGAAGUUUAAGAGAAAAACUGUCCUAAUAAAUACUACACAGAGGGAAAAUCCAUUAUUAGACCAUUUAAAAAAUACCACUUGGAGGUAUAUAUCAUCCACACCCACACAUAAGAUAUUCUAUGAUUAUUUAAUUAAAGGUCGUUCUGUUCUAUUCCUGACGUUAAGUUAUCAUAAGUUAUACACUGAUUAUAUAUCAAGACGAAUGGGUCCUUUAUCUUCUAACAACGAUAAUAUCCUAUUAUUUGUGAUUGAUGACAAUAGUAUGCGAUCUGAACAGGCUUUAACAGAGAUAACCAAACUAUGUAUGUUUAACGGUUUUACUCUAUUAGUAGCCUUCAGUUUUGAGCAAGCUGCUAAAUACAUAGAAUAUUUAAAUAUAUGA